AAUUCCUAAAUACAUUUACCUCGACCAGGAUCAACUUCUUCUAUGCCCUAGGAAAAGGCGAAAAGUAAAGCAGUCAUCAAGCCAGAGCUAGUUUCACAGCUACCGAUUCGCACCCGCGGGUCAAAGAAGACCAAUAAAAUCUCGAUUCAGCAUAAGCAAGGGAUGAGAGAGGCCUUACGAGGGCUCUUUCCCACUUAAUAGAUUCAUUCCUUCGUUACGGCGGUUGUGGGUACCUGCCGUUCAGAGAUGCUAUCAGAGUAGGAAAGUUAGCCAAGUUCUCCUGCCUAGUUUAGAUAAAGCACCCCUUAUCGCCCCACGGCAUCUGGUUAGGACACAAAGCUUAUUCUAUUCCAAAAAUAGCGGAUUCUAUAACAGCAUUCUGCCUUUUCGAAGACAGAGCACUCGUGGCACACACUUGGCCCUUUGCCUUAGAAAGAGUUCAACCCACUUGAAAGAGGAAAGGGGAGUAGGCAUAGUACCGGAAAGUACGGAUUCGGGGUUCAUCCCUCAAUCAAGCGCUACUUGAAAGUCAGGAUAGAUUCCACUCUCAGUUAGUACGUACCUUUUUUUUUUAAGCAAGAACUCUUAAUCGUUCGUAUCCCAUACCUAUGGGCUACUUCACUGAGACGAUGGUCGGAGUUUACAAGCUGCUUUGAUAGAAGCAGGUUAAGAAAGAUAGCUGAAAGUGCUAGCAUAAGGAAGAGAUUCUAUGGAUGGAAAGAGGCCCUUCCUUGCUUUCAAGGUUUCGGCAUUAAAAGUCAAAGGAUUCUUUGUUUAAGUUUAAUAAUAAAGUAAAGGAAAUCGGCCUGCUCUUCUCUCUUUUCUCUAUUGAACUAUGGAAAGCACUUUAUAGUAGCGACACGGAUUCACCACAACUUAUGACUUCGCCAAUGGGGCAAACGAAGGCUAACCCGUUCUGGUUGUUAUGACUGGCAAGAAUCGGUAGGUUCUUUCAGUGCGCUUUGGUCCUUCUUACAGAGACUAUCCUUUGUAUAAGUUAUGAUCCAUCCAAGGAAUGAGCUUCCCCAGAGUAAAAUCCCGUGGACUACAAGGAAAAGAUAGAAUCUCGCCCGGCAACAGCAGCUGAUUCAAUAGCAGAUGGUCUUGGAAAGAACCUUUCAUUCGAUGCUUCUGAUUCAACUCCCAGACAACCAAGGAAGUAUGCGCGAAGAUAGGGUUAGCCCCUGCGGCAAGCAUUAUCCGGGAACGAUUAUCCAGGAACUGGAAGAUGGUUGGCGUGACACGCCUAAAUCCCCCACAAUCAAUCCACAAGGCUUCAGGCGACUGGAGCAACCUUUGAAGGCGCUCGGCCUUGUUCACCCUUUCAGCUAAGUAUCCCGCUUUUUCCUUGAGGGGAGCCGAGAUUCAAAAUAUGUGGGCCUUCAUCGCCUUAAGGCAAUCUAUCCAAAGAGCCUACCCUAUAAUAGAUUCAGCUAAAGCCGCGCUUGGAAGAUUUCUUUCUCAAUCAUGAAUCCGAGCUUACUACUUGAAUCACGAAAGGCGCUUUUCUCACUAUCUAUUCAAUUUAAAAUGCUCACUUAUGAAAUCAAGCUAAUAAGGCCAAAAACAGAGCAUGGAGUCCACUGGCAUGAGAAUCAAGCGAAGUAGAGACAUAAGCGGAUCCAAAGAAAAGAAGCAAGACGACUACUUCCAUUCCUCUCCUUAGACCGACAGUACUACAAGAAAGAAAUAAGACAGAAAUAAGGCGAUUAUUACCUAAAAGAAUAAUGUGAAUUAGAAUAAUAAUACCUCACAAAGAAGGUAGAUGAAUUGCUUAGCCAAGACUAUCUCGACCUUAGCCUUCUUUUCUAUUUAGAUUCCCGUUCGUGAUCCCAGCCCCGGAAUCACUUCACUCCAGCGCCUCCUCAGUCUUCUUGCAUCUUUCCAGCCUUUCAAAUCGACUAAGCGCCAAGCCUACUUGUGAAGAGAGGGGUCGUCGGGCUAUUGCAGAGUGAAGGAAGGUGGGAAGGUGUCUUGUCUUGGCCUAGGCCUACUUGGGUCAACACCCAUAAAGUGUUGAAUAUCAUUAUAGUUUGUUUUUAGUAUAUAUCUUUCUUUUAUUUAAUCCUGAGGUUUUUUCUAAGAAUAUCGUAUAUAGUGUAUAUAGUAUAUGUACUUUAUUGUCUAAUAGACUUCUCUCUUUAGUAAGAUUUUUCUUUUCAUAAUCAUAAUGUUUCCUUAUGAUUUUCUUUUUCUAAAAACACAAGUACGAUUUUUAAUAAAAAUCCUUUCUGGUUUGCUUUAGCUUUUCCAGCAUUCGCCGCCCCUUCAAUAGCCUUUUGCGCGGAUCCUGCACCUGCGCUUCCAGACCUCAACGAGAUUCCAGUAGGCCUUUCUCCUGCGGAAAUAGCCCAAUUGCAUCGGGAGACUGAAGAGAAGGCCGCCCAGUGUGGCAGGCUCUUGCAAGAAAUCUGUGGGCAGGCAAAAGAACUUGUUGUCCGUCAGGCAGGAGCGCAGGGCGAGCUCACGCUCGAGAAAUUCGUAGACGCCGUCAGGUAUCUUGCAGACGUGGACGAGUUGCCCGAAGAGGAGCGAAUCCCCACUCUCAUUGAGUUCAGGGCCCCAAUCAAUAAUAAAGACUCGCCCAUUUGGUUUCAUAUAGAUAAAGAAAUGAAAAGUGGGGGGGUCGUGGUCUAUGCUAAAUUCUUUUUCUCAGAUAGAAUGAAUGGAAAAGGAGUGCUUGUGUUGUGGUUUUGUAGUUGCAAGAAUUUUUUUUUUUCGAGAAAAGGUCCCCUCCUUCAAUAUCAUGAUUGGGUCGACCAGGCCAGAUCAUGAGUGAAUAGAAAAAAAAAUGUACAUAGCUGUUCCAGCUGAAAUACUUGGAAUAAUUCUACCACUUCUACUAGGAGUAGCCUUUUUAGUGCUAGCUGAACGUAAAGUAAGUUUUGUGCAACGUCGAAAGGGUCCUGAUGUAGUGGGAUCGUUUGGAUUGUUACAACCUCUAGCAGAUGGUUUGAAAUUGAUUCUAAAAGAACCUAUUUCACCAAGUAGUGCUAAUUUCUCCCUUUUUAGAAUGGCUCCAGUGGCUACAUUUAUGUUAAGUCUGGUCGCUCGGGCCGUUGUACCUUUUGAUUAUGGUAUGGUAUUGUCAGAUCCGAACAUAGGACUACUUUAUUUGUUUUCCAUAUCUUCGCUAGGUGUUUAUGGCAAUUAUCAAUAG